AUGGGAGACAAUAAUAAUCACAACGACGACAAGAGCAUAGAGAUAUGGAAGAUGAAGAAUCUGAUCAAAUCCCUUGAAGCUGCCAAGGGUAACGGAACCAGCAUGAUCUCACUCAUCAUGCCUCCACGUGACCAACUCUCUCGUGUCACCAAGAUGUUAUCCGAUGAGUACGGAACCGCGUCCAACAUCAAGAGCAGAGUUAACCGCCUCUCCGUCUUGGGAGCCAUCACAUGUGCAAAGCAGAGGCUGAAGCUAUACAACAAGGUCCCACCCAACGGUCUAGUCCUCUACACUGGCACCAUCGUCAACGAAGAAGGCAAAGAGAAGAAGGUUACUAUUGACUUUGAGCCUUUUAGGCCCAUUAACAACACUCUCUACCUCUGUGACAACAAGUUCCACACAAAAGCUCUUGAUGAGCUGCUAGAGUCGCAUGAUAAGUUUGGUUUCAUUGUAAUGGACGGGAACGGGACUCUCUUUGGAACUCUGAGUGGUCACACCAGUGACGUGCUCCACAAGUUUACUGUGGAUCUUCCGAAGAAGCACGGAAGAGGAGGACAAUCAGCUCUUAGGUUUGAGCGUCUUUGUAUGGAGAAACGUCAUAACUACUUGAGGAAAACAGCUGAGCUCGCUAGGGAGUUGUACAUCGACACGUCGACAAACCAACCUAAUGUCUCUGGUCUGAUACUAGCUGGCUCAGCUGAUUUCAAGACCAAGCUAAGCCACUCAGAUAUGUUUGAUCCCCGGCUCGCGGCUAAGGUAGUUAACGUGGUGGAGGUUCAGCAUGGAGGAGAGAGUGGUUUCAGUGAAGCUAUCAAGAAGUCAUACGAACUUCUUGCGAGUGUGAAGUUUGCUCAAGAGAAGGGUUUGAUAGGAAAGUACUUUAAUGAGGUAAACCAGGGGACAGGGAAGUAUGUGGUUGGCGUGGAGGACACGUUAAACGCUUUGGAGUCUGGUGCUGUUGAGACACUGAUCGUAUGGGAGAAUCUUGACAUCUACAGAUAUGUUUUGAAGAAGAGUGUGACUGGUGAGAGUGUGAUAAAGCAUUUGAAAAAGGUGGAGGAAGUGGAUAGUGACUUUGACGUGGAGGAGAAGAUGUUAUUGCUAGAGUGGCUGGCUAACGAGUAUAUAGGAGAUUUGGUUGUGCGUUGGAGUUUGUGA